AUAAAUUUCAUACCUUCCUACUGUCAUUUAAGAGAGACAAGGGCAAUUUCUUCUCCUUCAAAGUAGCAUUAUAGUUAACUUUACUUCUAAUUUUGGAGGUCUCCACAAAAAAAUUUGAGCUCUUGUUGAUACCAACACCUUCAAAUAAUGAAUAGUGAUUAUUUCAAAGAAAACAUGUCUAACCAUGUCCCUGGUAUAUAUAGUUCCUUCACCAAUAUAUUUGAUCAAAAAGAAACAUGCUCAUAAGAACCUUUUUUUCCCAUCUAACAAUUGAUCAUUUGACGGGUCACAGGAAAAUCUACUCUGCUCUUAGGGGUGAAGAUUGCAACAUGGGAUUGGGUGCCAAAUAUGAUGUAUUGGAACAAUGUUUUUUCUUAAGUAGUAAUCCAGUAGCAGCUCCUUGUCACCAACAUGCUUGUCUAGCAUAUCACCAACAUCAGCUUGCCCACAGAUGAAUGUUAACCCAUUAACAUCCAAGGAUGGACAUUAAGCAAAACUCUUCUGAAAUAACAGCAUUUAACUGGUAAUUUACUUUAGCUAGUGAGACAUAUUCAGACCAUGCAAUCAGAAAAUACAAUAAAAUAAUUUAUUUAAAAAGGCAAAAGAAAAGAAGAGGAAAGUACUCUAACCUGAAUGCUAGUCCAUCUUUAGCGAUUCUGAGAAGAUAAAGUAACAAGCAUGCAGAAAUGGUUGAUGAAAGUAAGUCUCGGAUGUUGAUGGCGAUGAUGAUGUUGUUGAAUGAAGUUUGAGAAGAGAUAUGCAAAUGCGACCAACUAAAAUGCAUAUCACAAGAAAAGCAAAGAUGCAGGUGCAGUAAAAUAUAAAGACCAAAGGAAAUU